AUGGAUGGCAGCAGAAGGAAGCUGAAGUUUAAGUGGCUCCGAAGUGCUGUCAGCUCACCCACACAUCUUCAGGACAGAAAUACUGACUCAGACACACCCUCUCGCUGGAAUAUAGCGCAGAAUGAAGAUUCAAAGUCUUUGCCCUUCAGUGAUUCUCCAGCAUCCAAAGGCCUUGGAGAACUGAGUCUGGACACUCCCAAGAGAAAAGUGGAGGUGCUUGAUGGAAGUGUGCCCUCUGUAGGCAAAGUCAAACUUAGGAAGCUUUCUAAGAGUAAAUUUGAAACAUGUAAAACUUUAAAAGUAAGUUUUACUGUAAAUUGUGACAUGAAAAACUCACCCAAACAGCUGGAAUCCAUAAAGAGUCAGGAUUUAUCACCACCUUCUUCUCAGUCGAUCGUGCUGAAAAAGACAAAGAGGACACCUGAGGAGGCCUCAAAGGCUAUCUGCUGGAAGACGUUCAUUGCAGCUAUGGACAGCACAAGGGCAAGGAGCAGCUUAGCUAAUAGCCCCAGGACUGACUCUUCCAGAAAAUCCUUGUCACUUGUAUCUUCAUCCGUACCCAAUGAAGUACCCAGUCCAACACAACUUGAGAGAAAAACUGUGGAUAUUACCUGCUUGUCAGUCAGACUUGAUAGGGAAUUCGAGGACAAUGACACUGUCAGAGAACAUCAUCGGUCCCCCGUUCGGGUUACUGAGGACACACACAUCCAAGAUGACAGCUCAGAGACCAAGACGGCUAGUUUUGUGCUGAAAGGAGAGGAUUCACUCAAGAAAUGUGUUGUCAAGAACCCUGCAUUCAUAGAGACAGCAUCCCGAGAUGAGAUACUUGCUCAAGAAAAUCAAGUGAAAGCUAAGGACUGUGACUCAUCCCUCCCUGGGCCGGAGUAUAUUUCAGACACUUUGCCUUAUUUCACAACUCGACAGGGCAGCCAGGGAAACCACACUCCUUUAGUGAAUACCCAGGGAGCUGCAACUUCACCUGAAACCACUUGGGCCAUCCAAGCAGGGGUUAAAGACAAAUUGAUGUCUUCCUCAUCCCCACAGAGGACAGUUUAUGUCUCGUUCAAGCAGCCUCACCUUCCAAACAUGGGCCCUUCAGAGACGUCCAGGGUUAAGACUGAGAAUUUGUCCUCAUUCAGCACUAUGUCCUCGUUGUCAGAUCCCUUUGCUUUGCCACCAAACUCAAACAGAAGACUAUCAUAUCCCUACUUUCCCUCUGCAACCUCACACGCACAGCCAGAAGGUAGCUUUUCCCUGCGUUACCCCACCAACUCCUUUACUCGUGGCUGCGGUCCUAAAAAAAGAUUGUCCUUGGGAGAAAAACCUUUGUGGACUAGUUACCCCCACCAGGACACUCAAGCCGGUUUCAUAGACACACACUGCCAUCUAGACAUGCUCUAUGGGAAACUUGGCUUUUGUGGGACAUUCAGCAGCUUUAAACGGUUUUAUCAUAACAGCUUCCCUCCACAGUUUCAAGGCUGUAUUACGGACUUCUGCAACCCUGAUGUCAUGGUGAAGGAGGCCCUGUGGGAACAUCUGCUGGCUGAGGACAUGGUAUGGGGGGCGUUUGGGUGCCACCCCCACUUUGCCAGAAACUAUUCAAGCAUUCAAGAACAAGAUAUACUGACAGCAAUGAGGCAUCCAAAAGCUGUGGCAUUUGGUGAGAUGGGGCUAGACUACUCUCACAAAAACUUCACUGAACCCUCCAAGCAAAAAGAGGUGUUUGAGCGUCAGCUGCGUUUGGCUGUGGCUAUGCAGAAGCCUCUGGUGAUUCACUGUAGGGAUGCAGACGAUGACCUGCUGACAAUCAUGAAGAAGUGCGUUCCCAGGGAAUAUAAAAUUCACAGGCACUGUUUCACAAACAGCUAUCCAGUGAUUGAGCCCUUCCUGACAGAGUUCCCCAACCUAUAUGUGGGCUUCACAGCCAUCAUCACCUAUUCCAGCGCCACCAACGCCCGAAAUGCUGUCCGCCAGAUUCCUCUGAAUCGCAUUGUGUUGGAGACAGAUGCACCAUAUUUCCUGCCAAGACAGGUCGGUAAAGGUGUCUGUCGGUUUUCACAUCCCGGAAUGGGCAUCCACACUCUGCAGGAGCUGAGUCUGCUGAAGGGGAAAGACAUGGCCACGGUCCUGGACACCAUCCGAAACAACACCACUCAGCUGUACGGUAUAUGAUCUUCAGUGUGUAAAAACUAGCGAGACAGGUAACCAGAAUCGGGCUGUUGUGUUUUUUGUGGAUUUUGUUUUUUGUUGUUUGACCAGUCCUUCGUGAUCAGCAGUAGAGUGUGGAGGCGUAAUGUUGCUUAAACAAUCUCAAAGACUCAAAAAUUGAUCUUCAAAGAAUCCAAAGCAGAAAAACAGAAACUGAAAGCGCCUUCUGUCAAAUAGAUCAUAUUUUAUGUCAUUGUUCAUGCGAAUUAAUUUCAUGUUUCAAUAGUUGACAUUACCUUUUCUAACUUGUCUGGAUGUUUGUGUGGUUUCUGCUGUGUUUAGUUUGGUUUGAUGCACUGGGGGCAUUUUAAAAGCCUUCACUUGUGAUUCUGUAUUUUUCAUAUAUGUUUUGUUGAAUUGCUCCUUAAUGCAAACACAAGUGCUGAUGAAAGAGAGCAUGGAGAUGUAAAAUCGGAUUCUUAUACGAUGAAGCAAACAUGUUUGGUGUUCGAACAAAGCUGAUUCUUUAUUAAGGAAAGGAAGUGGCUGUAAGACGGCUCUAUUAGCUUGCUUCAGUAGCACCUUGGUCGUCACACAUUUGGCUUGAGUGCUUUUUGUUUUGAGAUUGAUUAGCCAUGUGACAUUCUCUGGUGGUUGGAAGAGGCCAUCCAGGGACUGCAUUAGUGGUAGAUGGGUAGAUGUGUCUCUUGUAUAUAAGGUUUGACAAGAGAUACGGGUUAAAAUACAUGGAUUUCACAUUUUUACCAGUUUCUCAAUGAAACCUUGUUUUCUAUCCUUUUCAGAAUGUAGGUCAGAGCACUCUAAGUUUGUGACUCUAUAUCUGUCCUCAUUAUUAAAGGCUUUAAUGUGGAUUGAAGGACAGACAAGAGCAUCACGCAGUGUGUACUUUUCUCUGUGUGACCUAGUUACUGAGGUUUGGGCAGGAUGUUUUCCAGCCUUGUUUUUCUAAGUUAGUGAUUCUGUGUUUCUUAAAGUGAAUAAAACAACAUUCAGGCCUGUGGUUGUAGUUGCAAAGGUACAGACCCUCAGAACAUAGUUAAACCAUGACUCUACCAUUUCUCACAAACAUGUAAUUCAUUCCAGCGAUAAAUGGCUGACGCUCAGUGGUUAUUUUUUAUAGAGGUGUGUCACAACUAUAAAACCAAGAAGUCACAUUUUUAUCACCACAUUGAAGAGAAGAAAGCUUAUUCCUAAACAUGCCUUCGUAGUUCCUUGAUAUUUUUUUAAGACUCCAUGAGUGACGAGAUGGAAGAUAAAAGGUUAAUUAUUUAUUUUGCAGUAUUGUCUAUACUGGUGUGCACUGGUUAGUUCUAAUGCUGAAUAACAUUAGAUCAUCAUACAGGUUUGGAUAUGAGUCACUAAUCUGCUCACACAGGAGCUUUAAAAAUAGGUUCAACUCAAUGAUGAAUGUUCAAGAGACAUUUAUUUCAUUAUAGCUGUACACAUUUCAGCUUGGAAAUUAAUACAAAAUAGUGGUUUGACAAAUUUAACUCAAGCUUUAUAUAAGGAUAUUCUGUGACAAUAAUAGCUGAACCAACUCCAUCACUGAUGAUGAGGCUGAAAGCUGAUGAUCAUGGUUGUUUUGUCAACUUUUACACAUGAUUUCACCUGGCUAGCAGUUUCAGUUUGUCAAACCUUGAAUAUCAGGUAUUUGUAUAACAUCUGAGCCUUGAACUACACAACACAUAAAGCUUUUUAGGAAAUUAAACCAGCAUUUCUACAGGCCACUGCCACAUAUUUUCACUUGUAUUUUAAUGAUCACUAUCUAAUAAAGCUGACAUUUAAGGGCA